GCUGCUUAUUCUUUUAUAGCGGCAGGGAAUCCCGAGCUCUCAGUUCUGCCAACUUCCUCCCCUACUGAUCCCUUUGGAUCUCUCUCUCUCUCUCUCUCUCUCUGUCGUCGCGUCAUCGAGAGAUAUGAGGACCUUUGGAUAUGAUCAUAGCAGUGGAGAGGGAUAUGUUGUGUGUGGUGAUGAGCUCUGAGGAAGAGAAGAUGGGUCAGAAGGAGCAAGAAGAGGGGUUAUGGAAGAGGACCUCCUACCCCUCCUCUAUUCUAUCCCUCGUUCCCACGCGGCUGCUGCCUCAGCUGCUGUGUUCAAGCCCUUUCUCCAACCUUUUCUAGGCCAAGAAACAACUCGUUAGCUAGAGAGAGAGGGAGAGAGAGAGAGAUUGAGGACUACGUCUCUCUUCCUUAAAAGAUCUCUUUGUUGCACCUUGCUAGAUAUCUCCUUUGACAAUGAAGAGGCCCAUCGCGGACUUGGAUUCGCUCAUGCCGAUCUGCCCAUCUGCACAAGAGAGCGGCACGUACGGGGGAGAAUUCCAGCCUUUGAUGGAUGGGCUGGAGGAUGAGGACGACUGCGGCGCCGCUGCGGCGGCGGCGGCGCCGGGAGAGAAGAAGCGGCGGUUGAGCGUGGAGCAGGUGAGAGCCCUGGAGAGGAGCUUCGAGGUGGAGAACAAGCUGGAGCCGGAGCGCAAGCUUAGACUGGCCCAAGAUCUGGGCCUCCAGCCGCGCCAGGUGGCGGUGUGGUUCCAGAACCGCCGCGCCCGGUGGAAGACCAAGCAGCUGGAGCGCGACUACACCACUCUCAAGGCCAGCUACGAAGCGCUCCGCCUCGACUACGAUUCGCUCCACCGCGACAAGGAGUCUCUACUGGCCCAAAUCGAGGAGCUGAAGGCCAAGUUGACCGGAGAGGAGAGCCUGAGCGUCUCCUCCGUGAAGGAAGAGCCGGUGGUGUCCGAGGCCGAGACCAAGGCCGCAGCCUCAGAGGAGGAGCCGCCGGCCCUGAUCUACAAGGACGGGUCGUCGGACAGCGACUCCAGUGCCGUCCUCAACGACGCCGUCCUCAAAGACUACGACCGCCGUCGACGAGGGAUGUCCUCAUCGCAGGAUGUGGCGCCACCGGCCACCGCAGAGCUCGGCAGCUCCACCUCCUCCGUGCCAACUACUGCACCACCUCAUCUGGCCCCGGAUCAUCACUCGCGGCCCACCAAGGGAGAAGGCUUCCUGUAUCACCAGCAUCACCACAUGUUAAAGAUGGAAGAAGAAGAAGAGUUCCUCGGCCGCGAGGAGCCCUUCACCAGUUUCUUCUCCGACGAGCAGCCUCCCACUCUCAACUGGUACUACCCCGAUCACUGGAAUUAGAAGUAGCCACGGCCGUGGACGGAGACGAUGACAAUAAUAGUAGAUGAGAGCAGGCGUUUGCACUGUAAUAAAAUUUUUUGUGAGACGUAAAUUUCAUGUAUCUCUUCUUCUUUUUUCCUUCUUCUCUUUUUACCCUCUCCAUUGUUGUUGUGCUCUGUAAUGUACAAAUGGCUAAAAGGAAGUUUAUCUCUUUCUA